UUGCUGUCAAUCUAUUGAUGUAAGCAAUAAGCAUUUCACAAUUUUAUUUUUUAUUGGUCUUCGGCAUUCACGUUACUGGAAAAUUAAUUUGUCUGCUGCAAAUCGGCGAAGGAAUGAAUGGUAAAAUCCAGAAAUCCCUGGCCGACGACAUGGCCUCGUCCACGUUCGGCGCGGAGGUGCUAAUUGGCAACUGGGCCGAACGCCGCUACGCAGUGGUGGAGCAGAGCAACGCCAUCCUGCCAGGACUCCGGGUGAGUGGCUGCGAGCACCAUCGGUCGCUCUGCCAGGAUACGUACACCCGUGCACCCUUCGAUCGGGCCGAAACUGUUCCGUUCUUCGUACAGCACCGUAAAUUGGCCUACCAGAACUUUGUGAGGAACAGGCGGUCGUGCUUGAACCUUGUGGACCACGAACUACUGAAACGAAACUUCACUACAACCAACACCCUUGAGUUCCAGGAGCUACCGCGGUUGCGUCUCUUGCACGCGAAUAGGGAUACUGAAAAGAGUGGUCCUCCGAAUCAACCGGCGGACGUGGACAGACUGCAGGCCUUUGGAAAUCUUACGAAGACACAUAACUAUCUCAAACGGUUCAAGUGCGCUCAACUGCUAGAAGAGAUCAGCAACAUGCAGACUACCUAUUCCGCCAGCUUCAACCGCCCGUGGAUGAGUAAGCCAAUCUUUGAGUACGGAGCAGACUACGACGGUGUCGUCAAAUUCGAUUUGGCGUGCUAGGAUACGAUACUCUUUAGACUAUGAUAGCAAAAAUUGGGCGAAAAAGUACCAUCCAAUAGCCUACCACAAGGUGUCGCCAGCUUCUCGAUAUCUAAAAUAAAUUGGAAUUCUGUUCUUAAAGAAAACUCAA